UGCGCAUCCCCGACCCUCGCUUGUUUGUUUACACUCGCAUGGUGGAACUUCGCGGCUGGCCUCUCCUUCUUCAAACCCGGGCCGGAAAAUGAGCCAAAUAUGAGUAAUACAAACAAAGGAAUAUGGGGGUCAAUGGUGGCCCUGGAUCAGGCUGUCCAGCGGGCAGUUAUGACCAGUGCCACCAGUGGAGGAACCCCAGAGGCCCUGGAAGCAGGGCAUGACCUGGACUUGGCACUUCAGCGGCAUCGCACUGCUUUUGUCAACCUCCUGCGCAAUCCCCCCAAAAAUGCUAAUGAAAGAUCAACUAUCCAGAGGUCCAAUACAGAGUCAAUAACUCUGCCUGGCUACACGGUCCCCAUCAAGCUGUGUGACUCCUUCAUCAAGGAAGUAUGCAUCAUUUCAGACAUGUUCAACCUGAGCGAAAUCUCUGUAGCCUCCCUCCUCCACUCCGCAGAAGAGGAACGCACCUUGUACCCAGGUGUUCCAAGGGGACUCAUUGCUGUCCUGUUCUACUACGACAGCCGAGUGCAUUUGGCCAAUGCCCUCAAGACGCUGAUCCAGGCGAGGCAGGGCAUGUCCUGGGUCCUCCUCCCGGAUAAUGAGGAACUCUCUCUCAGUAUCACCAGGUAUCUGGAGCCAAUUCUCAACAUCUCCUUGGUCGGGAGAAUUUUGGAGCUCAUCAUGUCAAUGGAUAUCACAAAGGAAAUAGAAUUACUACAGCAAAACAGAGCCUUGGGAGAUGCCAAACACAGAAAAAUGGUGCUGGAUAAGUUCCAAGCUGUGCGAACUUUGCUAGCAGAGUCGCUCUUCAGCUGGGCAGCUCAGACUCCUCUGAAGAAAGAAGAAUGUCGCCGCCUCUUGUCCUACAUGUCAAAGGUGAAGCUGACCGAGACAAGUGAUGGAUCUCUAGACAGUGUCAACUUAGCCCUCCUGAUGGCCCUGCUUUACAGUCUAGAGGCUGGCCACCUCCUCAAUUCAGAAGACAUGACAGAAGCUCUCAGCCAGUUCCCCAUUACAAGUGAUCGUUCCUUUGUGCAAGAGAUCCACCAGGACAUGCGGUCAGAGCAAGCCUGGGAGACUCCGGGACUCAAAGCCAUAGUACAGCUUGCUUGGGCAGUAAGCCUCGCAAACCUGAGGCAGGUUGCAGUUGCUACCCAAUUAGCAGAUAUUGAUGCCAUUUUAGAAGAAGACGAUGCUGUUCUUGAUGAUGCACUCAAGGGAAAAGUGUUUUCUUUCAUCCAGAAUUCAAUUCUUACCAAAAAGAAUGUGCCUCUUGAGACUUUCUACUGUCAGCGUCUACAUUCCAUCUUGUCUGAUUUUAUUAUUCAUGUACCUGAGCGUGUGAAGGCCAUGAAGAACAGGGCUGAUGAAAAUUCCCGUCUGAUCACAGCCAAUCUCAGGGAGAGCCUACAACCUCCUACUAAUCUUGAACAGCCAUUUGAAGAACUCUUGACCUGUUUGGCUGCACUUUAUCAAGAUGGCCAGUGUGGUGAACUGGUUGAAGAGUAUUGGUGUCCAAGUGAGGUGCUUCCCACAGCCUCCCUACAGUACAGAGGGCAGGGUUCCAGGCAAAUGGCCCUUUUUAAAUUUGUACGGCUCCCAGGGGACUUCUUGCCCCCCUCUUUGUUUGUGCCGUAUGUAAAUCUCCUCACCAGUCUAGCAACAACUCCACGCUCUGCCCAGUAUGUUUACAAUUUCCUCAGAAUGAACAGCCAGCCACUUUCACAAGGCAGUAACCUUGCUUGGGAACAUUUUAUGACAGCCUUAACACAAUACUACAAUAAUCUGAGGCAAGAAGAACCUGGAGCCAUGGAUACCAUGUACCGUAGCCGUGGCACUCCCCGAGGAAUCACACCGCAAGAAGUGCAGGGGUUGCUGGCAGUGCUUCAACUGAUGAGUAUGGUGGCCAAGAAGGAUGAGCUAUCUCGAGUAGCACUCUGUGACAAUGCUGCUUGGGCACCUCUCUUUGUGUGCACAGGCUUGCUGACUUGUGCUGUUCCUCUGGCCCUUAAAACAGAACUGGUAAAUGUAUUGGCUGCCUUUAGUUUAACACCUGUGUUAGCCCAGCGUGUUUGGGAGCUGGUGGAAGGUGCAGGCUUGAUUCCAGUUCAAGAAGGUGUUGCAGGUUACCAGCCUCGUGGUCUUCUGGUUGACAUUGAAGAAGUUGAAAGUAGUGUAGAGGAGUUUCCACUGACAAGAACAUUGUUGAAGAUGUUGAGUACAUUGGUACGUUCUGGUAUACCUCCAAUGCUAGGCGCGGCCACCCGCCAACCAGGAUUUCGUCCCUACCUAGAUUUGGUGAGGGAUAAAAUCUUCCUCCGCCACAACUCUCGUACUUACCGGGAUGCAGGUGAACGAUGGGCUGUGGCACGUGGCUGCUUGGAGCUCCUCCACCAGUUACUAACUGAGCACCUACAAGUUUCCAGCACUUCAGCAGAUCAGCGAGGUGGACAGCCACCAGGUCAUUCCAUUUUACUAGACCUUGUACAGGAGUCACAGCUACAGAAACAAGUCCUCUCAGUCUUCCAUGAUGGAGUCCAGAUUUUAGAACAGCACCGUGAAGUCCCCGGUGAAGAGGAUUUACACAAGAGCCUCCUACUUGUACUGCAGUUGUUGGAGGCAGCUCAGGAGCAACAGCAUAUAGUCCUUGGCGCAUCAUCCAAUCCUGAUGUAGUCCUUGGGGUGGAGCGGUUACUGAUGGGCAUCAAUCCUCACUCAGGCAUCAGUGAUCAUUUAUUAAAUGUAGUGAAAAUUGUUGGACAUCACCAGACACUACCACAGCAUGCAGCCCUAGCUUGUCGGCUACUUGCCUCUUCUGCUGCCACACCCAGUGCUCAAGCUCAUCUUCUCUCUUUAUUGACAGCUUCAACAAACACAGCUACGGCAGUGAGGCAUAGUUUUGUAGAAGUGAUAGAUCAUGCAACCCUGGACAUUGCAGAACAUUUGGAAGCUGCUGAUGCUGCAAUAAAUUUAUUGCUGAAGUACCUUCCUCUUCCAUCUCCAAAUAUUGCCCACUUCCUUCUAGGAUAUACAGCUGAUGACAUGACAAGCUUACGCACAGAUUUGCUAGAUGCUGGAGCCAGAGGAUAUCCCCGAACAGCAUUGCAUGCCACUCUAGCAACCUUACCAUCAUGCCCGCUUAGCCUUGCUGAGGUAGCAUACAGACUUAUCCAUGCACUGUGCAGUGAUUCCAUCACAUCCUCACCAACUCUGAGGUAUCUGCGAUCUUCCCAAGACCUUUUAUAUCGCACAGUUGCUGCCAUGGGACUUCCACAAGAUGAAUCAAGAUUGCGACUUUUGUCUCAGGGUUGGGUCUUGAGAUGUGUGGCUUUGGAACUACGGUAUCAUGCCAUCCACCAGCAACGUUCCCAACUAGCACGCCUUAUACAUUUGCUAGUGGCAGGAGCCGAGAUGCCACAGCAGGAGCCCCUAGAUGCAUCCCAGGGUUGGGUAGGUGGAGCAAGUGGUGGCCGAGGCCCACUUCUGUCACUACUAGAUGCUGUAGACUUGAGCAUUGAUUCUCCACCACCCCUUCAGUGCGAGUACUUCACGAGAGCACCAGAACUCAUAACAAGUUGUGAAGAGCCAUCUCCAGAAGGACCAAUGGUGAAUAUGAAAAUGCUACAUCAACAGCUGAGUGCCCUUUUAGCAGAAGGAGGGUCAGGCACGUCUGUUACCCAGCGCGAUCCACUGCAAGAGGAACUAGAGCUAGUCAUGAGUCAUGCCUUGAUGCUUAACCAGACAAGAGCACUGAUGUUUGCCUAUAGACACUUCCUAGAAGGUUGGCGACAAGUUGUGGAAGUUGUGGUAGCAGUUACACCUCCAGACCUUAUAGAGACUGCAACACAUCACUCAUUCCUUCACACUCUUACUCAUGACCUUACCCGACGUCUUUUGGAUGAUACAGCUCUCCCUUCAUUGACCACGCAGUUGGUUUCAACAUUACUGAUGCUUGUUACAACCCUUAGAACUAUCCAUGCCAGACCAACCAAGCAUCAUCCACAAUAUGUAUCCAUGUUGGAUAGUGGCAGCCCCACAGCCCAGGCAGAGUUCCCAUCAUCACUACAGCUAGUUCUUCGUGGACUGGUAGAAUGUGUAGCAAGAUUUAGACAGUGCAGCCAAGGUGUUAGAACUUCAACAUAUGCUGCCCUGUUAAAUUACCUUCAGAUUAGGGCUGAUCCUAUUGACAAAAUGGAAAAUGAAGAAGAUACAUCUCAGGCACUGCUACGAGCCCCAAGGGAAACCCAAGAGGAGCAGUUUCACCGUGAAAAUUAUGAAGUUGUUCGGGAAGAACUCCCUCAGUUGGUUGAUGUGUUAGCGAUAGAAGCUGGAGGAGGGCAUCAUGUAUGUCAGGUAUUAGCUUUGACAUGCUUGAGUGCAUUGGCUGCUUUAGAACACAGAGCAGCUCCUCUUACUAAUGACUCCUUACUCCUCUCUCAUCUUACCGAUCAAGGACAUCUGCCACGCUUAUUGGAUGCUCUCAGGAAUGAUGAUCAUCAGCUGUUAAUUCUAUUGACUUCUGAUAAUGAUGAUCUGAGACCACUGUAUGUAUAUGAGGCAAGAAUGUCACUCUUAGCACGCUUAGCAUUAUCUCCAUCAGGAGCUCAACAACUUCUUCAUGCAGGGUUGACCACUCGUUUAUCAGAGAUGGUAUGCCUUGAUUAUCGCCCUGCCAAACCUAUACUCACUGGUGGUAGUGAUGACUUCAUUCCCAGUGUGGUACAGAGAUAUCGCUCAGUGCUGAUGGCUGCACUAAGAUUGUUCUUGGCAAUUCUUACAUCUUUAGGCACUGAUAAUUACUCUGCAACCGCAUGUUUGUUACGAUUCUUAGCUGCUCAUGGAGAGGCUUUGGCUGCUGGUCUCAGUGUACCUGCUCUACCUUCACCAGAAGCAAUGGAAGAAGUAGCCCUGUUGUCCUCCGCAGUUGCAGGGGCUGCUCCACCAGGACCCAUUACAACAACAGACCCAGCAGGAUUAGAGGCAGGUGCACAAGCAACACGUCUACAGCAGUUAUUGUUAUCAUUGCUGCCUCAUUUCUUGCCUCAAAGUCGCUUAGCUGGUGCAAUAGAAGCUCUCUCUGAAAAUGAAGAUGGAGUGAAUGUGCGGGAAACAGCUCGCACUGCUGCAUUGAGCACCCUGGCUGCAGUUCUUAACUAUGCCACUGCACGACUUGUGCAUGGUGGAACGGUAACCCGUGACAUAACUCUGGUUUUCCGUCCCUCAAUGGAAAAUGGUGUUCCUACUGGAGCUGUGGGGCGACCGUUACCUCUAGCUACAUUAGUGGAAUGUGCAAAUCAAGUUAGUCAGCAGUUCACCAUUGCCAAGAAUGCCCGUGAAUCUGCAGCUGCUCAGCUACAGGCACUAGAAGGGAACCAUCCUGUUGAGCAUUUACGACAGUAUGUGAGUAGUGCUGUUGCUGAUGCUGCUUCCCCAGCGGCUGUCCGUAGACUUGCUGAAGAUCACCUAAGCCAGAUUAUUGCCAUGUAUAGACGCCAGGAACAGCUUGCUGUGCAUACUGCAGAGUCGGCAGCAUUCCUUCUUUGGAGGCAUCUUGAAUAUUUUAUCCUGCAUGCACCAUCAACUCCAGGUCCUGCACAAGAUGAUAUCAUGGGCCGGGAGAUUGGUGUACCAAGGACUCUGACACCAUCUGAGGUGGAUCAGCUACGAAAGCAAGCUGCUGCCUCACUUCAAGAUGUGCUCCCACGGCUGCAGAAGGUCCAUGAGGAAUAUUCAGCUGCCACAGGACAUGUAGCAUUCCUGGCAGCAGCUGUUACUAGGAUAAGGAGGCUUUUGGUAACAUAGCCAGAUGAGGGCAAUCACUUUUUACCUAAUAAGGAGGUGAACAGAUACUAGGUUCCUUCUUUGCAGUUUUAAAAGACCAGUGAUUAUUCUGCGUUUUUUUUUUUCAUUGAUGCCUGUAGCGGUUAAUUGUAUACUUCAUUAGAUACCUUAGACCUAAUGCAGUCAUGAGAUAUAAAGUGCAAAUGGACGUAUUUCUUUUUUGAUGUGCUGUAGUGUCAUCAUACUUGUUUAAAAAUUCAUGAUAUUAACUAAGAAUUUAGAUAUUUAUUUUUAUAUAUUACGAAGAUUUUUUAAGGAUCUUCGAAAAAAAGGGAAUUUGUCCAAUUUUGUCAUGUUUAUAUCUAAUGUUCAAAAAUGCUAUUUGAUUAACAUUUCAUUGCUGACCACUGCUGCGUCAUAUAUCAGAUGAGCCAUUGAGUUGUUUUAGGAUAUAAUUUGUAUUUAUAGUCACUAUAUGUUUUUUUGAUAUUGUUAGUCCUUCGUUUUGGAAUAUUUGUUGAGUUUCUUGAUGUAUGAAAAAUGAAUGUCUGUAAGAAAUAUGAUAUAUGAGGAAUAACUCUUUAAUUGAGAUUUGUAAGAAAUACAAUAUACGAGGAAUAACUUACAUGUGAUAAAGUGGUUGGAUUUUCUUGUACAUCCAGUUUGAUGAGAGUGCAUUGACUGAAUGUAUGUUUAUCUUUAUGUUCUUGCUUUUUCAUUGGAAACCAGUUAUUAAUAAAUAUGCUGAAUAUGA